AUGAAUGAAGCUGAGAAGCCACAUGCAGAGAACAAGUUCUGUUGCAUUUCCAAGCUGAAAGUUUAUCUCUUGGCAUUUGUUGGUAAAACAUGUCCUGGUGCUUACAUGAACAGCAUGUACACACAGAUAGAGAAGCAAUUUAGUAUACUAGCUCUUAGUGGGAUUAUGAAUGGGAGCUUUGAAAUUGGUAACUUGCUGCUGAUAGCAUUUGUGAGUUAUUUUGGAGUAAAGCUUCACAGACCCAGAAUAAUUGCAUUUGGCUGCACAGUUCUGUCAUUUGGAUACCUUUUGAUAUCACUUCCUCACUUCGUGUUUGGAAGGUACCAUAUUGAAAGCAGUAUUUCACAGAGGGAGAAAUUUUCAGUCAUGCCUGUGUGCCUUGUCAGUCAAAGCUUGUUUUCUUUACCUGAAGAGGACCCAUCACCAGAAUGUGAAAGAGAGACUGGGUCCUUGCUGUGGAUAUUUGUCAUGAUUGGAAACAUAGUACGAGGGAUGAGUGAAACUCCCAUCAUGCCUUUCGGCUUUUCAUAUUUGGAGGAGUUUGCCAAAGCAGAGAAUUCACCUUUCUACCUGGGAUGUCUACACACAGCAACCAUAUUGGGCCCCUUCCUUGGUUGCUUGCUGGCAUCAUUUUGUGCAGAACUGUUUGUUGAUGUGGGGUCAGUAGAUGCAGCUGGAGCAGAGAAGGUUCCAGGUGAACAUCAGGAAAAACAUAUUCACUGUGAGAGUGACAAAAUAAUUGAGAAGGCUGCCCAGAAAUGUUGUGAAGUCUCCUUCUCUUCAGACAUUUCAAUUCUGCCUGGAUUGGUUUCUGUAUGGCCUACUCCAGGGGAUCUUGCUUUGACAGGAGGGUUGGACUGGACGAUCUUUGAAGGACCCUUCCAGCCCCUAACUUUCUGUGAUUCUGUGAAUCUGCAUACAAGUGUAGCACCGCUGCAAGAAAAUAAUAAAACUGAAGACAAACAGAUCAUGUAUGAAGUUGCUAAAGAUUUCAUCCCACUCCUCAGGGCUCUCUUUCACAACCCAGUUUAUAUGUUGUUUAUAUGCAUAACUGUGUUACAGUUCAGUGCCUUUGAUGGCAUGAUAUCCUUCAUGCCCAAGUAUCUGGAAGAGCAGUUUGGAAAAUCUGCAUCAGAUGCCAUCUUUUUAAUUGGUGUUUACAACUUACCAGUUAUAUGCAUUGGAUACUUUUUUGGAGGCUUAUUUAUGAAGUAAUUCAAGAUAAAUAUCUAUCAGGCUGUGAACAUAGCAUUUUGGGUAUCUUUACUGGAAUACCUUCUCUACUUUGGUGCUUAUUGGACUAUAUGUGAUACUUCACUAGUUGCUGGCCUAACGGUUUCCUAUGAAGGAAUAAAGCAAGUUUCAUAUGAAGAAAAUACUCUACUUGCUGGCUGCAACAGGGAUUGUGACUGCCCACUUAAAAUACGGGACCCUGUUUGUGGGAACAACAGAAUCACUUAUGUGUCGGCUUGUCUUGCUGGGUGCAAAGCCUCAAGAGGCACUGGAAAGAAUGUGGUAUUUGAGAACUGCACCUGUGUUGCGGCCUCAGUGUAUUCAUCUCAAAAUGCCUCUGCAGUUUUGGGCCAGUGUGAUGGAGAAGAAAACUGUGACAGAAUGCUUCAUUAUUUUUUGAUGUCACUUGUCUGCAGCUUCAUUUUUAGCUUAGGAGCCAUGCCUGCUUAAGGGUACAUGGCCUUAAUAAGGUCUCUAAAGCCUGAAGAAAAGUCAUUUGGAGUGGGUAUCCAUGGACUAGCUUCAAGAGUAUUUGCUGGAAUUCCAUCUCUCAUUUAUUUUGGAGAUUUGAUAGAUAACACUUGCUUGAAGUGGGGUACUAUGUAUUGUGGUGAAGAAGGAGCGUGUAGAAUGUAUGACAUUGUCACAUACAGGUGGCUCUAUCUUGGCCUGCCAGCAGUAUUACGUGGAGUGUCCUACAUCCCAAGUGCACUAGUUCUCCUUAUAUUAAAGAAGAAACUGAAAUCUGAAAGCCAAGUCUUAUUAAAUGCACCAGUAGAAAUGCAAGAAACAUUGACAUAGCAUUUCAAAGCAGAAUAUAUUGUGAGAAUAUAAAUUUUGGAUGUAUCCUUGUGAAAGAUUGCAUACUUUAGCUAGUGAACACUUGGGCAGAGAUUCACAGAAUUACAAGUAGCUGUAUCAUAGUUAUAUCAUAAAAAUGUCACAUCACAAACAUGUUACAGGAAAAAAAUGUGUUUGCUUUAGAAUAAGGAAUAUAAAUAAGAAAACCUUGGAUAUGCAAGGUUUGAGUUGUCUGAGCAAAGGUCUGGGAAGCAGAAAUUUAUGUUUUCAGUCUUCUUUUCCCUGAAGAUAGCCAGAGUUCUGCAACUGACUUCAGUAGUGCCAGAUUUCACCUUGGAAUUCUCCAACAGCUUCUGCCACAUCCUCUUUCAUUGACUGUAGGCAGGCUUUGUAGUUUCUUUGAGUCUGGAUUUGCAGGCAGGAUUUGUAGUUUCUUUGAGUUCCAUAUAUUAAGUUAUUUCAGACAGGGCCUGUUAUUCUACAUAGCGUAAGUGCCCAAUGUACUGGGAACCUGGUUUAUGAUGUCAUCCGGGUACUGUGGUGAUGAUCAUAUUAAUUAAAAAAACCUCAAACAAUUUUUUUUAAA